UGUCAGCCACGAUGGACUUCGUCAACAAAGUGGUCGUAAUCACUGGCGCCAGUUCCGGAAUCGGAGCAGCUGCUGCAACAAUGUUCGCGAACCAAUCCGCCAAACUUGUGCUCGUCGGCCGAAACGAAACUGCUUUGAAGGAUGUCGCCGAUAAAUGUGAGGCGGCCAAAGGAAACAAACCAAUAAUCGUCAAAGCUGAACUAAAUAUUGAUGAUGAUGUCAAAAAUAUUGUUGCUAAAGCUGUUCAGCACUUCGGACGCAUAGAUGUUCUUGUUAAUAACGCCGGGAUUGGGGUACGAGGUAGCAUUCGGGAUGGAGUCGAACUAUACGACAGAGCAAUGGCAACAAAUGUUCGAGCCCCUUACUUAUUAAUCAGUCUUGCUACACCGCACCUUGUGAAGUCUAAGGGAAAUAUCGUGAAUGUCUCCAGCGUUGCUGCAUUCAAGCCUAUUAGGGACGUGGAUUUCUUGCCAUACUGCACGUCUAAGGCUGCCCUUGAUCAGAUUACGAAGUGUGUAGCUAUUGAGUUAGCUAAGGAUGGUGUGAGGGUUAAUUCGGUUAAUCCUGGCGCUACGAGGACACCGUUCGUUCAAUCGGCAGGCUUCAGUAAAGAACAGAUGCAGGAAUUGUACAAAGCGAGAGAUAAAACUCUGCCGCUUGGGAAAAUGGCUGAAAGUGCGGAUGUGGCGGAUUUAAUUGUUUAUUUGGCAAGCGACCGAGCCCGCAGUAUCACGGGAUCUAUUUAUGUGAUAGAUAACGGAGAAUUGUUGUCUUAGCCGCCCUUUGUUUUAUAGUGGAAUGGUGCUUUAUUGUGCUAAGAAUUGUGUUAGAAAUACUCGACAAUCGGAAAUAUGUAGUACUUAAUUCGAGUUUAUUUUAUUUUGAAUUUAUUUUUGUUUAUUCAAAUUAUUUUAAUGUAGAAUUUAUGAUAAUUUGGUAAGUAUUAAAAUUAUAAAUUAUCGAAUUAAAAUUGUAGCUUUUAUAAAAUAAACAUAAUCUAGUGUAAGUAUUGCCUCAUUUUGCAAUGAUUGGUAGAGGUUAUUAUAAUCAUUUGUUUUGAGAACUCGUAUAAUAGAAAUAUCACAAAGUAUAUUAUAAAAAAACUAAGUCGUUCGGCUAGCAAGUUGCGUUUUCAUUCAUUUCAGUUCCAAAAUAAGACCUUCAUAACUUCUGGUACAAAGAACUAUCGUACAUUAGUUCAACUUUUGGCUCUGCAUAAAUAAAGUUAGCGUGUGUAAUAGACUUAUAUACUACAAGAAUAAGAACAUACGAGUGUAA